CUUUAAGUCCCAACGACCGAGUCCACAAUCUUCAUCUCUCCAUCAAAUUUUACAGGAUGGAAAAAGACAUACGACAGCGCUUCCAACAAGCAGAGAACUCCCUACUUGAUUCAAUUUCGCUCGGCGAAGCCUCCUUGAUAUCGUUCCAGUCAUCUUGGGAUUCAUUGCAUGCAGAUUAUUCCCGUUGUCUCUCCGCAGGAGAACUAUCCAACGACACCAUAUCACUCGCGAGCGCGGUAGCUUCAAGGGUUGUUCUCAUCUCGAGCUGUUUUUCUGACUUACACAAAACAAAUGAAGAAUCAAUGAACCUAUUUCUUAAUGACUUGGGGAGCAUUCUACAUGAUCUCAAUCGUGUCACUAUAUCGCCUUCAUCAAUACUCCCAACACAAAAUGCACAAUCAGCGGAAUCUUCCUUACCCCCGUUCAUCGAAACAGCUUACAAAUGGCUGCUCGCUAAUAUCGACAACCCUUACCCAUCUUCUGAUACAAAAACAAGUAUUGCCAAGAGCUCUGGAUGUUCCUUGAACUCCAUUUCUGUUUGGUUUGUCAGCGCUCGCCGUCGCAUUGGCUGGACAACGAUCUGCCGCAAACACUUCAACAAUUGUCGAGCCGACACUGUUGAUGCAGCUUGUCGUGCUCUGGUCAAAGAAGACCCUGCCCGCGUCCUUCCGCAUCCUGUCUUCCACGACUUCCUGCAGAUGAAGGCCGCCGCACAUGACCUUUAUGCCUCUAUUUUCACCAAGAGCGCCCUUGCAGGCGACCUUGACGCAGUGGUUAAGGAUAUGACAGAAGCGGAUAGGUUGCGACUGGACCAGGAGAAGAAAGAGCAUGCACAAGAGGAAAAGAGACGACGUGAGGAAGACAAGGAGAUGCGGAGACUACAAAGAGCGUUUGAAAGGCAGGCCCAGAAGACACACACAACUUCGUACCCAUCUCCCAGUCAUUCACGCUCUCCAUCUCCCGUUCCUACGCUCGAACAAUCAUGGACAGACGAGAGCGAAGACGAGGGAGACGAUUUCACUCCUCCCGUACUCGCUGGCCGGAAGCGGCGUGCCUCUACAUCGCCUGAAUCAACUGGUUAUAGCCAAUUACCAUGUGCAGAUCGGCCGAUGAAACGCCUUCGGUCUAGUGCAAAGAUCCAGACCCCUUCUGCGGAGAUUCUCUCCUUACCAUCACCCCCAUCAAGUAGCGAUGGGCUGGAUGCCAAUGAUGGAGUCGAGAUUGUGGCUCCGCCUCAGCCAUCAUCAGGGUCUUCACGAAAGCGAAGAUUAUCAGACACUGAUACUCACGCUGUGCCCAAGCGUCCGAGAGGUCUCCUUAAUGGACCCCGUGUUCAUGCCGUGUCUGAUCCUCUUCCAAGAGCAUCCGUUCCUCUCGAGCCAGGCAUCGAUGACUGGUUCCAGACGAAUUUCUUCGAGAUUCCUGGUCCUGUCGAGAACGUCAGUUUCGAUCAGUUUGCCCCUCUUGACAUUGAAGUCUUCAACGGAUACACAUUCCCUGACACGCAAAUAAAUUCCGUCCAACAACCCUCUGAACAAAAUUACACCCUGCCCACUCUGGUAGACCUUCCAUUGUUCGAUGAACAUUCCCACGUUCCCCAUUCUGCGCCACCUGGUGGUCUCGAUCACCUUGACAAUUUCCUCAACGCUUUAUCUGCAAUUGCUCCCGAUAACUCUGGCGAGGCAGUUGCACCUUCUACAGCAUUCAACAUCAUCUCGCAGCCCUCAGUUGACCUUGUACCUUCUAAUUGUUUCAGUUGGACGGAUUUCUUGAACACUGAUCAACCCUUCCUGUCCGACAUGGAUCAAUUUUCGCUGCCAUCGUCUUGCGAUGACUUCUCACAACUAUUACCAGAGAUUGAUCUCUCUGCGAUCCAGCUCCCCCCGUUAUUAUUUGCUCCACAACCUGAGCCUCCCUCGUCUGCCGAUUGUGCUCGCUUGGCGAAGCUGGAGCAACUCCAACAUCUCAGAGAGCAAACGCGGCUACUGGAGCAAGAUCUAGCAGUGUCUGUGUAAGUGUUCUUUUUCUUUGUUGGUUGUUUUAUUUACUCAUUCCAGAGUUAGAUGAUCACCCAUAUGCUGCCCAUAUGCGUUAUCCGGUUUAUCUAGAUAUAAGUAUUAUUCAUAUCAUAUCUCUGCUCAUCAUCGUGCACAUGGCACAUUGCAUAAUAUACCCUACAUCUGCAUCAUCCAUUAUGUAUGACACUCAUCGCGCAUUUACAUUGUCUUUAGCAUGUACACAAUAUUGUUUUCAUUGGCUUUGCAUUACGCUGUAUGUACCGGA